GCACUAAACUUGAAGCGUCAAUAAAUCUAAUUUUGCAAAUUAGUUUUAAACGUGGUUUCUACUUCAAAAAUACUACAAGCAAACAAACACAAGACACAGUGUGAGUAGACAUAAAAGGAAGGUAGAAACCAGGUGUAGUAACUAUAGUAUCACUCAAAUAUUACAUACAAAUGUCUUAAAGCCAACACAGAGAACAUGAAAAGUGAAUAAAUAGAGGUGUUCGAUUAAAUGUCAACUACAAGCAGAUUUGAUCGACGAAGAAAAACUUUCAUCACGCAACUUUUCAAAAUCAGACAUCGCCAAAAAUAAGUAAGUUUGUUUUUCAGGUAAUUUCAAUAACUUACUAAACACAGUAGGACAUAUUUUAAUAGCAUUUUGCUAUAUAUAAGGGGCUUCAAUUCAAUUGUACUUUAGAAAAAACUGCUACAUAAAAAAUAAUUUCAUCAAGCGCCUUGUUAGAUCUGCCUACUCUCAAAUCUGCCCACUUUUAAUGGCGUUAUCUUUUGCUUUUUCGCGGGAAAAGGGUGUGUCUAACUGUCUAGUAGAAUACGUACUAACUUGGUAAGAUUUUCCACCAUGUUUUUAAAAUCUCAAUUUUAAAAUCAGAAUAGCAUGGGCUCUGUUCAAAUUGAAUUUUGCAAUUUACACUUAAAAUAUACAAAAAAAUUAAUCAGUCGAUUUAUUAAUUUUGAAUAAAGCGAAACACCUGCAAAUCAACCAUGUCCUCAUAUUAAACUUGUAGUAGUAUAAGUGGAGUGCAAACAUUUCCUCUUGAAAGUAAAAAAGAAAGGGAAAUUAAUGAAGAUCAUAAAGAAUUUUUAAAUGAACUUUCGAUAUCCGAUUAGGUUUAUUUGUUACUCAUCUGUUUAAAACAGGUCAUAAUUUUUAACACUUGUUCAACUGUAGCGCCAACACGAAAUUAGAAGUAUCCGAAAAAAAAAUCGAAAAAAACAGAGAAAUAAACAAAAUAGAAGAUAAAAAUCUCGUAACAGAAUGUGAAUGGUUAUUUUCAUUCAAGCUUCACCAACAUAUGAAAAGGGAACAUAACAAAAAUGAAAAGAAAAAAACGUUUUAAUAAACUCUUUGCUUACAUAUAUUCUACUUUGCUCGCAUUGUGCUUCACAACAGGUGCAAAUUAUGUCAACAAUGGUUAACAGUUACACAAUAAUUUCGUUACAACCCUUCAAAGGUGCAGGAUAUAAUACUUAUUGAAGUAUUUUGUACUAAUAUAAUAAACAAAUGUUAUAAAAGUGAGUAAAAAAUAAAAAAAUUAAAGUAGCAACAUCCUCAUCAAACAAUUUAGACCAACCUGUAAUAAAUUCUUACAGAAUAUUCGACAUUGCACGAUGUCGCUAAGCAUAGUAGCUAACCCUGGUUCACUUUUAGCCUGAGGGGCAUAUAAAGUUCUGCGUGAUAAUCUCGUCCAAUCUGAACGAAGUAAAAUUGAUUACUAUAAAUAGAUCUCUCACAAAGAAUAAAAGAUUAUUUAUAAAUGUUUCUGUUGAAAAGGAAAGCAACGGGAGAGAACAGUUUAAUUAGUAGCAAAUUAUUAAAACGAGUCCAGAAUUUAAAAACGCGUUUAUAUAAAAAAAAAGAAGAAAAAAGCUAAUACUGAACUUCUUUAAAGCAAAUUUUGGCUUUUUGAAAACUAGAUCCUUUUUUUUGAUGAUUUUUCCAAAAUGACAAAUGACAUAAAUCAAUUAUUUUAAGGAUAGGUCUCCCUAUUACUUUUACUACAGCUUCAACAGUAAAAUCGCUUUUUAUUCUUAUCCAAAAAAAAACUUUUCUAUAUUAUAUAUAUUUAACAAUUUUUAAAUGAACUUGAGACCUUCCUCUUUAUUGAAAGCGAAUAUAACACAGUAAAAAAACCUGCAAAACAGAAAUAUCAAUAUAAAUAUUUCUUGUACACACACACACCCGCGCGCGCAAACACAUGAAAAUAAAUACAAAUAAAUAAAAUACAAAACAUAAAAAUUGAUAUAUGUAAAUGAUUUUUUUAUUUUUAAUACAAAAAAACUGGUUUUCUGGCAUUGCGAAAUACAAAUUUAUUUUCAUACGACCACCAACAAAAAAAAAGACUUCACUCCUUGAAAAGAAAUGUUGCGCUAGGCAACAAAAUAAUCAAGGCUAAUCGCUCUUGCGAAUUGCAGAAUUUUUACACAAGCAGUUAGAUGCUAUUUGACUUGAAUAACAUACGUUCUACAUAAACUAACCUUGCCACUAAUCCGGUUAAUCGAGACGGAGAAAAAAUUACGUCAUCUUCAUACGUGUUUAAUCCGUUAUGUUAUUAAGUUAUUUGAAUUGUAAGAUCAUAUAUGCAGUUCGAAUUUAUGCUGCUACGUGUGUACAUACCCAGCUAUGGUAACACAGACACUUUGCAGGUAUACCCAUACAAUUUUUUUUUGUUACGUUAGAACAUUAGGCCCUUAUAAUUUGUCUGUUUGUUUGUUUGUUUACUUGUUUGUUUAUUUACUAAUUUGUUUGUUUGUUUGUGUCUUUUUGUUUGUUUAUUCUCCGAUUAACAAAAAACAAACAAACAAACAAACAAACAAACAACCGUUUAAUUAAUGAAAAGAAAUUCCACAGGCCACAAAUAACAAAUGAACGGUAUAGCAUACAUGGUAGGUACAGAGGUAAUAAUUAACCCACAAAAGAUUGCGGAUUAAUAAGUUCUUAAUACAUCAAGGUUAUAAUAGGAAGUCUUACACACAAUAAAUGAAAACAUUUUAGCUAGCUAUAAAUGCACAACAGAGAAAAAAGCUUAAAAAAUUUUAUCUCAGGAUUUUAAAUAUUUAGACAUUUUGUUUAUCUAUGAAGAAAUGCUUCAGUUGUUGUUGUUGUUGUUGUUGUUGUUAUUGUUUAUAGUUUAAUUACUUGAGUUGUCGUGUACACUUAAGAAACAAAGUACGACUUUUCUAAUGUGAUAUAAAUUUUUCUGCGAAAUUUGGAUGACGUCAUUUUUAUGAAAGAAUGAAUAAACAUGAAUGGCAGUAAUUUCUCAUACACACAAUCCGAUGAGCUCACUACUUUGUUCUGGCCACAAAUUUCGAUAGCCUACGGUGUGGAAGUCUUGAUCACAAUCCACAUAAUAACUAUGCUAAUAUCCAUACCUGGAAACCUCUUGACUAUUAUAGUGAUCUUAAAAAGUAAAAGCUUACUAGAAGAGUCUGCGUAUUUAUUGAUUUGUUCUGUCAGCGUGGCAGACUUUUUCGUCAGCAUAUUCUCGCAGCCACUCAACGUAGCCGUUCUGAUUAUUGGUACUCAUAACAUUCGUAAUAUCACCCAUUUGGUUUUGUACUUCUGUAUUUGGGGAUUUUGUGGUGCAAGUGCGUUUGGAGUUGUAUGUAUCACACUAGAUCGUUUUUUAUACAUUAUGUACCCGAUGCACUACACGGCAAUGCUGUCACGUAAGCGCACAUAUAUCAUGAUAGCAGUUCAAUGGCUAUGUGGAUUGGGUUAUGGAGUGUUACCGCUGAUUAACAUAAAAGACAGCGCGUAUCCGACAGCCGUAGCGGCGUUAGUGACCUUGAUUUUAAUGACGGCUUGCAUGGCGGUCGUUUACAAGCAAGUUCAUCAAAACAUCACGAGACUUAACCGACAACAACUUAAACAACAUUCUAAACGUAAACAGAACAACGCAACGAUCACGAUAGCCUUUAUUGUGUUAGCUUUCUUUAUAUGUUGGUUCCCAUACAUCAUCACAAACUUUAUCCACGCCGCAGGUGACUAUAAUAGCAGGUCGCCCAUACGGGCGAUAUAUUAUUGGUUUGUUGGAUUAGGUUGCUGGAACAGUGCGUUUAAUGUUUUUAUUUACGGUUUUAAAAAUAGUACGCUAAAACACGAAAUGAAGAAGUUCUUAGGAUGGAAACGAUUCAGGGUAGAACCGUCGCCAAUUUCAAGUCGAAAGGAACAAUACAAAGAAAAAGCGCAUAAACGUACGGACAGCGAUGCUAGUACUGGCAGUAGAAACGAAUAUAAUACUGACAAUGCUGAAAGACAAGUUAUUAGUCCAACACAUCGUCAAGCGUACGCAACAUUUAAUAAAAGCAACUAUCCCCAUUCUCCUAUCCAACAGAUACGUAACAUACAUAAUGGUGUCAAAGCUUUAGUUAUUCAAAACAUUAAAGCACUCUCGGCUGCAGAAAAGACGUCUACAGAAUUUAAAAGUCCCUUAACGACACACACGGAAGUGAACUCUAAUAAAGCUGUUGAAUGUACGCUAGAAAGUUUUUCGUCCGAAGAUAAAGUAUCUGACGGUGACACGUCGUAUAAUAUGAACACAUUUGAGCCAGCCAUUUUAAAAACAUCGCUUAACACAUCCGCCAUUUUAAAAACACCGUCUAGCACAUCCGCCAUUUUAAAAACACUGUCCACUCCGCUACAAGACAAAAACGCUUUUUGCUAUUUAAAGCCUCAAGUUGAAAACAAAAAACAUUGUGGACAUAAUUCAAGUUUAAGUCAUAGCGCCCCAACCAGCCCUGUGUUUGGCAAAAUAAGAGCGGGAGAAACUAACAGUUGCUUUAUACCAGACAGAAUUGUAACCAGUCAGGAGAAUUAUAUCUAUGAUGUUGGCCGAAUCGGUUUGCCAUUUAGUAAAAAGUAUCAGGGCGACAGCAAAAAGAAGGAACUUUGGGAAACUUUUCCCGAUAGCAUGGAGAAUAAAACUGGGCACGCUAUUUCUUAUACGACGCUGAGGACAUCCUUGGAGCUUGGAACGAAUAAAACUUUACCCGAUGUUUGUGCUGAUUCAAGCGAAACUUAGAUUUGUCGAGAAAAUAUCUCAACACCGACGACAGAAAAGUAAAAAAAAAGAGACGACAAACAUACAUCAUUGUUGUUUACAGUAAAAAAUAUUUCUUAAUCGCCAACCUUUUUUAGCUUAAAAGAACUAUUAAAAUUCUAGUAAUGUAUAUCAAAUUUUUUACCACUUAGAAGAUUGAUUCAUAUAUUUAUUUUUAGAUAAAAAAUAAAGAGAAAAAAUUAGAGCGUUUUUGAUAUGUAAGGUAACACAGUCAUUCAAAAGAUUGAAAAUUUCAAAUACUACACAGGGAACUUAAGACGAGAAUUUUUUAACAAUAAUCUAACGUUUCCAAUGAUUAUCUCGAACGAAGAAAGCCGGGUACAGCAAGCGUUUUUUGGAUCGUAUUUCGAAGUUAUUGUUUUUAAUAUAUAUUGUUCAAACUUCGAUAAAAACAAUGAUUUUUUAUUGAAAUACAAGUUAACUGUUUCCCCAACAUAUUAAUUAAUCCUUGUUAACAAUAGAUUAAAAUUUCAAUCAACAGAACUAUCUCUUCUCCCUUACUGAGGACUGUGUGAGUAUCCAACACAGCAGGGUAUCAAAUAUAGUAUUAAAAAUUUAAAUAAAAAAAUAUAUUAUUUCACUUUAAACGACCUAUAAGGCUUUUUAUUAAAUACAAAAGAAAUAUUUUUUAAAAAGCCUGGCUACUUAAACACACUAAACCAGAACGGUGUUUAUUCACUCCCUUCACUAUACUGAUUACCUCAUAUAACAUCCACGUGGAUCGUGGGCUGUGCUUGCGUGUGGGAGGAGCACCGCCUCUUACGCUUGAACACUCUAACCCGGCAAAUUUACUUAUUUUCUUUAUUUUGUUUUACUUUGACUUUAAUACAAGUUCUAAUGGAGAUCACUUUUUUAUUAUAAAUUCUAAUGGAGAUGACAUUUUUAUCACACAUUCUAAUGGAGAUCACUUUUUUAUUACAAAUUCUAAUGGCGAUCAAUCUCUAACGGAGAUCACUUUUUACCACAAAUUAUAAUGGAAAUCACUUUUUAAUUUUUGUUUAUUAUUUUUUCUCUGUAAUCUUUAUCGGAAUAAAAAGAUAGUUACUAGAUAAAUUCUCGAUUAAGUGCCCAGGUACUUGUUCCGUUAAGCCUUUUAAGUGAAAGUGCCUAUUUGAGCAAGAAACAAUAAAAAAUUUUCGAUAAGGUUAAAACAUUGCUGCAAAGGCCUUGUUCUCCACCGGAGGGCAUAAAGUUGUUUUUUAAUUAAAGUCACAGCCACAUUCCCAUUGUGCACUAAGUGUGCUAUAUCUUUGUAUGAAGAUAACUCACAAA